CGGCCAGUAGCGGACAGCAAAGAAUAUUCUUUGCGGACAGAGAGCGCGGACUGUGGUAUCUUUGCCACAAUCACAUCAGUAAAGUGAUACUGACAGACGAAGCGGAGAGAAAUCAAACCAAGCGAUAUGCAAAAGGCAUUAUUAGACAGGAGCUUCAAUAGCUAGGAGACCAAAUGAAUGGUGGCCGUUUUAUUUUCGCGGACGGUGGCUCAUACACCGGUGGUUGGGAAGAGGGUAAAGCACACGGACAUGGCAUCUGUACCGGGCCGCAGAACAAAGGGGAAUAUAGCGGUGCAUGGCACUACGGUUUUGAAACCACUGGUGUAUACACGUGGCCAAGCGGUAACACUUUUGAAGGCCAUUGGGAGAACGGUCGGCGUCAUGGACUUGGUGUAGAAACAAAAGGCCGAUGGGUCUAUCGCGGGGAAUGGACACAGGGUUAUAAGGGAAAAUAUGGGGUGAUACAAAGUUUAGCAAGUGGGGCAAGGUAUGAAGGAACCUGGUGUAGUGGGCUUCAGGAUGGGUACGGCCAGGAAACCUAUGCUGAUGGAGGAAUUUAUCAUGGCCAGUGGGUUGGAGGAAUGCGUCAUGGUUACGGUAUUAGGAACAGUGUUCCAUACGGUAUGGCGUCAAUAGUGAGACCAGCUUUGCGUACAUCACUCACAUCAUUACGUAGCGAACAUGAAAACGGUACGGUCACAGUCUCAGAAAAUUUUGGUCAGCGAGGUGGAUUUGUGUUGGAUGUGUCCGACACUGAAACAUCGGACGCUGAAAGCUGGUCGGCCUCUAUAAACCGUAGUGGAAGCUUAAAGCGCACUUUCAUUGAUGGACUUCGCUUAAAACGAAAUAGGAAAAAGAGGGAUAGAAGUGCGGACUCAAGUAUAACCACGCAAAGUGACUCUGGUGUGUCAUCUACAAGUAGGGGUACUAGUAGGGGUAGGUCUGCCAUACUUAAACAAGAUUCAUUAAAAAGCAGCGAAAGUGCGGCUAGUACCAGUUCUGUGCAAUCAGCUUCAGUUUACGAUAGCGAUCUGAAUUGCUUGCACGACGAAGAAGCAGCACAUGAUGUUACUGAGGUUUACAUUGGCGAGUGGAGUAAAGAUAAGAGGACUGGUUACGGUAUUAGUCAGCGCUCUGAUGGUUUAUGCUACAUAGGAGAAUGGCAGUCAAACAAACGUCAUGGCUACGGAAUAUUAACGCAUCCCGAUGGACACCUGGAUGAAGGGAAAUGGAAGCAUAAUAUGCUUGUAGCAUCUGGUAAAAAAAAACUGUUUAUGGGAUCAAAAAAGAUCUCGGAGAGAGUUGAACGUGCUAAACAACUUGCCAAUCAAGCAAUGAAUCUCGCAAGACAGAAAGCGGAUUUGGCCAUUUCACGAGCGGCUUACGCAAAAGAGAAAGCUGAACAAGCAGACAUAGCAUCCACUCAUGCAAGAGAGGAAUCGACACACGCCAAUCUACGGGCAAAGGAACUGACUGCUAAUCUACCCAGUAAAGGAGAAGAUAAUUCUAGCGUGAGGUAUGAUCGUAAAAAAAGCUUCUUUGGUCGCACUCUUGGCAAUUUGGAUCGGUUUGAUCGGAAGAGCCAUAUGCGAGGAACAAUUAUUAAACAGAAAGAAGGACAUUUACACGAGCGCCAACAUGAUACGGGAAACCAAGACUGGGAAAGGCAUAAUGGCUCUGCCCACGCUGAAAAACACCUCACAGAUAGUUAUGGAAUGUCCUCAUCAAGUCAACAUUCUCCGUCACUAGAUAGGAGAAGAGAUAUUCAUGCACCGAUGCCUAACGGAUACCACCAUUCGCUUCGAGAACCCCACUUAGACGACCAUUAUAGUUUCAGCUCGCACGAUGCGCAUAGCGAUCAGAUGUCCGACUACCAUUAUAAAGGAUAUGGUGAUAGUCGAUCAGUCGAACUGACACCGGACUCCGGUAUUAGUACAAUGUCUGACACAGAACGAUUUAUGUCAGGGCCAGAACUGAGGCGCAGUGCUGUUCGACGACAGCUGACACGUCAAGGCGGAUUGGACGAUCAUCGACUGAACCAUGACGAUUAUCAGCCAUUUGACGCUAAGGAAUUUUUUUAUGAGGAAGACUCUCCGACUCUAACACCCCCGCCUGAAAAAGAGCAAACGAAACAGAAAAAGAAAGUUAAAGCAAAGUCCAAAUCGUUUGAUCUUCAUUUAUUACAUGAAAUUCCACCCGGUCACUACCGUAGUUUUCAAGGCAAGUUUCCAUCAACGUGUGGUAUCAAGUAUAUACCAAAGGAGCCAAGCUUGGAGGAGGAAGAGCCGGUAGAUCCCGAAUUAGACCAAGAGGCAGCGUUAGCUGUACACACUACAAAGAAAUGGUCUGCCAGUGGUCCUAUGGUUGUUUUGGUACUUAUACUAAAUGUUGGUUUCACAGUGCUUUUUUCACAACUCUUCCAAUUAGAUGAUGUUACUAACUGGCUAAAGUGGUCACAGUGAAAUCCAGUUUUUAUACUUGAAUCUUAGUUAUAUCUAAUCCAAAUUAGAUAUAUCCAGUUUAAUCCAGUUUAAUCAUCUCUGGUCCAUUUGUAUGAAAUCCAUUUUCAACUUAAAUCUCAAAUCCGGUAACACCUCCGCUCUAGUUGAGUAAACCACUCUAAUCAAACCUAUAUGAAUCUCCAUUAUACGCCAUCUGUAUGAUUAUUACCUGAAUUAUACUAUAUCAUGUAUUUCAAUCAAUUUUAUUUACUUUCCACAUCACAUUCAAAUAAUAUCCUUGUUAGUGUGUGUGUGUAAUGUUUGCUGUACAUAAUGAAGUAUGCUGAUUACUGCUACAGUACAAUGGGAAUUGUACCAUGAAGUGAAUUAUUUAAAAUAUGAACAAAAUAUACUAAAAAUCUAACUGGUUUGAGGUUAGCAGACAUCUUCAUAGCGCAAUUAACAACAAAAUAUUCAAAAUUUUUAAAUUUCGGAAGUAUAUGUCUUCUAAACUGAAAUGUAUGAUAGAUAUCGUGGAUUGUUACAAGUAAGGUACAUUCUAAUAUAAUGUAGUAUUUUGUAUGUACAGUAAGUGGGAUGGAAUGCUAUACACGGUCUGUAGACGGUCAUAAUGGUUUAGGCAGCUAUAUUUGGUCUAUAAAUUUAGACCAUUGUUAUACCGUAGUCUAAUCAGCAGGACCUGCAAGGAGGAGUCUAUAAUUUAGUGAUAUAUUAUUCGAUAAAUGUGGCUUCCGAUGAAUAUUUUUCUUUUUAAAAUGUAUAAAGCCACUUUCAUUAUGAUCCACAUAUUUAAAAUUUAUAAUAAGUUUGCUUUUAAAAAAAGGUAUUAGAAACUUAUUUUUCGUUACUUUCGCAAAUGAGCUUUACAUGCAAAUAUGUACAGUUGCGAUCAAAAAGAAAAGUCGGCAUGGGAUGACUCUAUUUUUCAGUACUCGCCACAGUACUUCUCAUGACUGUUUCAUUGCAAUGGUUUUACAAGGGUGACUAUCAUUAGAUCAUCUAUAACUGACUAUACUGUACAACAGGCUGUUGAAGACCGUUUUAUAGCAAUCUGCCCCUAAAGUCUAUUAUCAUCUUGAUAUAAACAUAACCUUGUAGUUUAUACAUCUUAUACAAUUUGUAUUCAGUGGUUGAAUCCAUGCACCCCUCGGCUAUAUCGAACAUUGAUUUAACGUUUUUUUUUUUAAUCUCCUCACUAGCUAUGUUUGGAGGCCAGUUCCCCUUAUCUGUUAAAGCUCCUAUUAUUUAAAUUAAGCUAAUUUUGCUAACCAAUGCUUCCUAAAAUUUAUCUCCAGUAGUUUAGAAAUACCAACAUUUUUAUAUAAACAUUUGAAAAAAUAACUGGCCUUAAUUAAAAAUUGUCUUGUGUAUGGUUUAUUAAAUUAUGUUGCAUAAUUAUAGUUGUCCUAUCUAAUAAACUUUCAUUUGAAUUUCUCACUGUUUAUAUUAAAAGUUGGUAAUUUAUAAUCUUUCAAUUGAGAGAAGAUAUUGUCUUCUGCAACAGACAUUAAAUUAUUCUCUUUUUUUUUUUUGCAAGACCUUUAAAUUUUCUGGCAGUGAAUUUGAGGAUUUUUGUAAUAAGUAAAAACUUUGUAAAUUAGUGAAAACCUAAAGGUCUUCUUUGAAGUUGAUAAGUUGAUUAAUUCUUUGUAAGUGAGCAAUUUAAUGCUUUGAUUGAGUGUUUGCAGUUUUCCAAUUUUUUAAAUUUAUUCUUUCAUUUAUUGUUACUACAGACAUAAUCUAGUGCAGCAUUAAAUCAUGUAUAUAGAAAAAAAACAACACAACAGUAAUGUUACUGGCUUGAGCGCAGCUUAUCUAAGAUAUUUUUGGACGAUUUUUUGCAUGGUUUUUUAUUGUUGGCACAAGAUUGCAGUUUUUAACUUGUAGAAUAGAGAGUAGAUAUAUAAAUAGGUUAGCUAAUUAAGAAUAAUUUUAUAUAUGAAAUGUUUAAUGUACAUAUGCCAUUUAUAUUUUACCACAUUUCUUUAUGGCCGAAAAUUGUGGGUUUUAUUUAAUGAAGAAACUUAAAUUAUGAAUUCACGAUAAAGAUACAUUUCAAAGAAGGAUUUGUUUUAGGAAUUGUUAGAAAUAUACUUUAUAAAACAAAUGACAUUUUGGAAUAAACAUAUUAUUUGGUAUAAAUUUAAUAUUCAAACUGCCCCAGAGUGCCCCUUUUUAAUAUUUAUAAAUUAUUGGGCAUAUCAUAGGUUAUAUAUUUAAUAUGAAGUGUAGCCUAUGUUGCUUUAAAUGGAGAAAGUCAUAAAAAUGAUAAUUAAUUAAAAAGUUAUUAAAGCAGGAAAUUAAAUAGUUGAGUGUUUACCCUUGAAGUUUAAGGGAAAUAUAUUUUUCAAUUGUGUUAUACAAAAAAAAUAGAUUUAUAAUCAAUCAUGAACUUAGCUUUGCUUCCGACAGGCAGAGAUGAACGAUAUGGAGGAUAACUGUUGUUUAGAACGCUGUGACACAGGUAAAAGCCAUGAAAUACAAUAAUUGGGUUCAGAGAUGUGGGAUUCGAGUCACAUGGAUUUUUAAUGAUCGUUUAACUUGUUGCUACAUAAAUUUCAUAUUCUCUGUGUAGCUAGAGAUAUGUGUUGGAUUUGCAGUGAAAUACCUAUUAACCAACAGAAUAUUUAGAAUAAUAUGUAAUUUUUUAUUAUUUAAAAUCUAUUAACAAGAUUUUAUAUGCCUGUGAUCAGAAAAUAUGACUUAAAAAAUAAUUUGGAUAAUGGUGAGCAAAAAUAUAGGAGUUGGGCUCAUGUAAAAAAGUAGUGAUACUGAUAAUAUAAUAUGGGUGGUGUUAUUUGAGUACUCUGGAUUGUACAUUUCACAAAAUCUAUGAUCAUAUCUCAUAAUGUAACAAAUGACUAAAUGAUCAUAUGAUGUGAUAUGAUAUAUAUGUUUUAUUAUAUAUGGUUAUAUCACAUAAUAUAUGAUCACAUCACACCAUAUAUGAUAUAGUAUCAUAUAUGAUAUUACAUGGUCAUAUUACAUAAUAUAUGAUCAUCUUGAACUAUACAUAUGCAUUGCAGUAUCUACAAUCAUAUCACAUCAUAUAUGAUUACAUUACAUCAUCUGUGACCAUAUCUACAAUCACAUCAAAGCAUAUAAUGGCCAUAUUAUAAUGGAUGCAUUAUGGCCAUUUCACACUAUCUUGUCAUAUAUUCCAGACAUAUGAUGAUAUAUGACAUAUGGUCACACACCAUUUUGAUAAAAUCACAACCUAUGGACAAAAUGAUCACACUACUGUAUAUCAUGAUUUGUUGAUCAUACAACAACUUGUGAUCAUUUAUGAUCGCACUGCUGUACAGCGUAUGAUUGUUAUCACAUAGUCUAUCGUAUCACAUAAUCUAUUAUCACAUUAUUUGUGAUCAUGAUCCUAUCACAUAGUUGUAGCAAUGAGGUGACUGUUAUUACUUGUAACAGAAAAUAUACAAAAUUAUGUCAUGGGUAGGCCUAAUGGACUUUAUCAGUAGCUAAUUUAUCAAUUAUUAAAUUAUUUAGAAUAGUUUUCAUAUAAUUUUAUAUUUAUAAUUUUAUCAGUUUUAUGAUCAAAUACAUUUUGUAUUUAUAUGAUAAUUAUUAUUAUUUUUUAUUAUUUACAAUCAUAAUUUAUGUAUCUAUGAUAAUUUAAUAUUAACAUGUAUAAAUAGAAUGAUUUUAUGUUCAACAAACAUUGUGUUUCAUUUAUUAGAUUUACUAUAAUUAUUAUUUAUGAUUUAUAUUUAUUUUGUAAGUAUGUUUUAAGCUAGCCAGACAGUAGUGAGUUUACAAUGAGAAUGAAUUGAGGUGUGUUUGCUCGCUGGCUGUUCCUAUAGGUCUGAUAACCCCAUCUGCCAGGUUAUCCACCCAUCAGACAACCCUCCCCCUGCCAGGAAAUCAGUCACUAAAGACUGUCUUCAUCGUAUCUUCUGUUCUCCUCUGUAUUGUUUAUAUACCGAGUGCAAAAAUAGGAAGGAUUCGGUAUUUUUGAGGACUUGAUCAUUCUCAGGAGUAAAAGUCAGACUGCUGUCGACAGGCUACGUUAUCGAUAAAUCGGUGCUAUAAAUAGAUAAUAAAAAAAAUAACAAAACAAGAUAUAAUUAUUUGAAUUUUAGAUCUUUCAGGAAAAAAACGUACGAUCUCACUAGUGAUACGAUUGAUGUAUCGUCGACAAGAUGUUAUUUAUACAUUGUUUGUGUGCAAUAGUUAAAAUGUGCUUCAGACACCGUACGAUUGCCUUGAAAUGUAGAGUGCAUUACCCUUUUCUUUUUAAAUUAUAUUUCUCCCUAUUUAUUUCCAUGUUAUAUAUAUAUAAUUUAUCGCCUAAUAUUUGUAAUUUGAUUACUUAAGAUAACAAGAUCUCUGUAGAUGAGUUUUGUAAAUAGCAAUCUGGAGCUAGGUGGUCAGGGUAUAUUUUGUGACAUCUUAGAAAUGUUUAUGUUGUGUAUUUAAUUUAACCAUGUCAACUUGAAAUGAUUCCUCCUUUUUCACUGUAUUGUUUCGCUUCAGAUGUAGUUCGGAAUGUAGGUUUAGUGUGCAAAUGUGUUGAGAUUGGCUAGGUUUUUCAAAGUUAUUAAUAAAUGUAAUGGAAAAUAAUGUCAA